AUGGCUCUUUGUCAGGGACAGUUGACAUUCAGGGAUGUGGCCAUAGAAUUCUCUCAGGAGGAGUGGACAUGCCUGGACCCUGCUCAGAAGACUUUGUACAGGGAUGUAAUGUGGGAGAAUUAUAGGAAUCUGGUCUCCCUGGCAGGAAUCUCUUGUUUUGACCUCAGUAUUAUCUCUAUGUUGGAGCAAGGGAAGGAGCCUUUCACUGUGGAGAGCCAAGUACAAAUAGCAAGAAACCCAGAUGGAUGGGAAUGGAUCAAAGCUGUGAUCACAGCUCUCUCUUCUGAAUUUGUAAUGAAAGAUUUACCACACAAAGGGAAGAGUAAUGCAGGAGAAGUAUUCCAAACAGUGAUGUUGGAAAGACAGGAAGGCCAUGACAUUGAAGGAUGUUCUUUCAGGGAAGUCCAGAAAAAUAUGCAUGACCUUGAAUAUCAAUGCAGAGAUGCUGAAGGAAAUUACAAAGGAGUACUUUUGACCCAAGAAGGCAAUCUCACUCAUGGAAGAGAUGAACAUGAUAAAAGAAAUGCAAGAAACAAGCUUAUUAAAAAUCAGCUUGGAUUAAGCCUUCAGUCACAUCUGCCUGAACUGCAGCUUUUUCAAUAUGAAGUGAAAAUUUAUGAAUAUAAUCAGGUUGAGAAGUCUUUCAACAAUAGUUCCUCAGUUUCACCACCUCAACAAAUGCCUUAUAAUGUCAAAACCCACAUUUCUAAGAAAUAUCUCAAAGAUUUUAUCUCUUCUUUAUUACUCACACAGGGACAAAAAGGGAAUAAUUGGGGAAGCCCUUACAAAUCUAACAGAUGUGGCAUGGUCUUUCCUCAAAAUUCACACCUUGCAAGUCAUCAGAGAAAUCAUACUAAAGAGAAACCUUACAAAUGUUAUGAGUGUGGCAAAGCCUUUAGAACACGUUCAAACCUAACUACACAUCAGGUGAUCCAUACUGGCAAAAAACGUUACAAAUGUAAUGAGUGUGGUAAGGUCUUUAGUCAAAACUCACAACUCUCACAACAUCGGAAAAUUCACACUGGAGAGAAACCUUGUAAAUGUAAUGAAUGUGGCAAGGUCUUCACUCAGAAUUCACACCCUGCAAGACAUCGAGGAAUUCAUACCGGAGAGAAACCUUACGAGUGUAAUGAGUGUGGGAAAGCCUUUAGAGCUCGUUCAAGCUUAGCUAUCCAUCAGGCAACCCACAGUGGAGAAAAACCUUACAAAUGUAAUGAAUGUGGCAAGGUCUUCACUAAAAAUUCACACCUUACAAAUCACUGGAGAAUUCACACUGGAGAGAAACCUUACAAGUGUAAUGAGUGUGGCAAAGCCUUUGGUGUUCGUUCAAGCCUAGCUAUUCAUCUGGUAAUUUACACUGAAGAAAAGCCUUACAAAUGUCAUGAAUGCAGCAAGGUCUUUAGGCAUAAUUCACACCUUGCAAGGCAUCAGCUAAUUCAUACUGGAGAGAAACCUUACAAGUGUAAUGAGUGUGGCAAAGCCUUUAGAGCACAUUCAAACCUAACUACCCAUCAGGUCAUCCAUACUGGAGAAAAACCUUACAAAUGUAAUGAAUGUGGCAAGGUCUUCACUCAAAAUUCACACCUUGCAAAUCAUCAAAGAAUUCAUACUGGAGUGAAACCUUAUAUGCGUAAUGAGUGCGGCAAAGCCUUCAGUGUGUAUUCAAGCUUAAUUACCCAUCAGGUCAUCCAUACUGGAGAAAAACCUUACAAAUGUAAUGAAUGCGGCAAGGUCUUCACUCAGAAUUCACACCUUGCAAGACAUCGGGGAAUUCAUACUGGAGAGAAACCUUAUAAAUGUAAUGAAUGUGGCAAGGUCUUUAGGCAUAAUUCAUACCUUUCAAGGUAUCAGCGAAUUCAUACUGGAGAGAAACCUUACAAGUAUAGUGAGUAUGGCAAAGCCUUUAGUGAACAUUCAAACUUAACUACCCAUCAGGCCAUCCAUAAUGGUGAAAAACCUUACAAAUGUAAUGAGUGCGGCAAGGUCUUCACUCAGAAUUCACACCUUGCAAGACAUCAGAGAGUUCAUACUGGAGGUAAACCUUACAAGUGUAAUGAAUGUGGCAAAGCCUUUAGUCAAACAUCAAAGCUUGCAAGGCAUCAGAGAGUUCAUACUGGAGAGAAACCAUAUGAGUGUAAUCAGUGUGGGAAAGCCUUUAAUGUCCGUUCAAGCCUAACUACCCAUCAGGCAAUCCAUACUGGAAAAAAACCUUACAAAUGCAAUGACUGUGGGAAGGUCUUCACUCAGAAUUCACACCUUGAAAGACAUCGGGGAAUUCAUACUGGAGAGAAACCUUACAAAUGUAAUGAGUCUGGCAAAGCCUUUAGUCAAACUUCAAAACUUGCAAGGCAUAAGAGAAUUCAUACUGGAGAGAAACCAUAUGAGUGUGGGAAACCCUUUAGUAUCUCUUCAAGCCUAACUACCCAUCAGACAAUCCACACUGGUGGAAAACCUUACAAAUGUAAUGUGUGGAAAGUUCUAAAGUCAGAGUUCAAACCUUGCAAAUCAUCACAGAAUUCAUAG